UUUGGAUAGCCAGGAAAAAGGACCUCCUCAUUAUUCAGAAGUAAAAUGUAUAGGCCAGCACGGGUGCCAUCGACAUCAAGAUUUCUGAAUCCAUUUGUAGUGUGUUUCAUUGUUGUUGCUGUGGUCGUGAUCCUGGCAGUGACUAUAGGUCUACUUAUCCACUUUCUAGCUUUUGAUCAAAAAUCUUACUUUUACCAUGGCGAUGUUCACAUUUUAAAUGUUCAAUAUGGUGAUCAGUUAAAUUCACCAGCUACACAGGAAUAUAAGAAUUUGAGUAAUAGAAUUGAAGCAUUGCUUACUAAAACAUUCAAAGAAUCAAAUUUAAGAAAUCAGUUUGUUAGAGCUCGUGUUGUCAAACUAAGGCAAACUGAUAGCGGUGUGAUAGCAGAUAUUGUCAUGAAAUUUAAAUUCAGUAGAAAUUUCAAUGGAGCAUCAAUGAAGAGCAGAAUUGAGUCUAUCUUGAGUCAAAUGCUAACUAACUCUGGAACUUUGGAAAUAAAUCCUUCAACUGAGAUAAAACCAUCAUGUGGGGCUCGGCCAGAUCUAAUAACGUUGUCAGAGGAGAGGAUCAUUGGAGGCACGAAGGCUGAGGAAGGGGACUGGCCUUGGCAAGUCAGUCUCCGAUUGAAUAACGUUCACCACUGUGGCGGCGUUCUCAUCAGUAACACCUGGAUCCUGACAGCAGCUCACUGCUUCAGAAGCCAUUCUGAUCCUCGUCAAUGGACUGCCACCUUUGGUAUUUCCACAAGAUUUCCUAAACAGAGAAUAAAAAUACGAACUAUUCGAGCUCACAACAAUUACGUUUUUGCAACCCAUGAAAAUGAUAUCGCAGCUGUGCAACUUGACAGAAGUAUUGAAUUUACCAAAAACAUCCAUAGAGUGUGUCUCCCAGAUGCUACCCAGAAUAUUGUACCUGGUUCCACUGCAUAUGUAACAGGAUGGGGAUCAAAACGAUACAUGGGUAACACAGUUCCAGAUCUAGAACAAGCACGGGUCAACAUAAUAAGUAAUGAAGCAUGUAAUGCACCAUAUAUGUAUAACGGAGCCAUCACACCUGGAAUGAUAUGCGCUGGAGUACCUGAAGGUGGAGUAGAUGCAUGCCAGGGUGAUUCUGGUGGUCCCCUUGUACAAGAAGAUUCUCGGCGUCUUUGGUUCCUCGUGGGGAUAGUAAGCUGGGGUUAUCAAUGCGGUCUGCCAGACAAGCCGGGCGUAUACACACGAGUCACAUCCUACCGAGACUGGAUAGCCCGGCAAACUGGAAUCUAG